CUCCUCCCUCAUCUCUUCUUAAACUGUGAAACUCAGGAAGUGUCUGAUGUCGUGCACACAGCACUGUUAAAACAGUCUAUUAAUGUGUCAGUAUGGGGUCCAGUGCACUGCCUCUCAUACUCUUGUUGACAUCCUUCAUCCAGUCUGGAUUCACUCGAGGUUUAUACAAACCUACACUGACUGUGACACCAGACAGUCCUGUAUUCACUGGAGAGACAGUCAAUCUGAAGUGUGUGGCUGAGUAUUACAGUUACUGGACAUAUGAGUGGUAUAAAGAAGGCCAAUACCUUCAAGUGUCACAGUGGACUGAUCAUUACACUGUAAAUGGAAACACUCUCACUAUCAGAGGAGCUACUGAGUCUGAUGCGGGUCAGUACACGUGUAGAAGAUAUAGAGGAUCAUACUCACCAGAAUCAAACUCUGUUUCUCUCAGUGUAAAGGUGACAGUAGUUCGUGUUCAUCCUGAUAAAAAUGUGUUCAGAGGAGAGAAAGUCACUCUCACAUGUCACAUACAGCAGACAAGAGACUGGCAGUACAACUGGUAUAAAGACGGAAAACCAGUUAACGGUGCAGAACAAGACCAGAACUAUAUAAUCUCAUCUGUGGAUUGGUCUCAUAGUGGUGUGUACAGAUGUAAUGGAUCUCAGUAUCCACAUCACUCAGAGUCCAGUGAUGGAGUUAAACUGACAGUAUCAGAUUUACCCACAUCUACAGUGACUGUGACACCAGACAGUCCUGUAUUCACUGGAGAGACAGUCAAUCUGAAGUGUGUGAUAAAGUCUGAUCACAGUAACUGGAGAUAUGAGUGGUAUAAAGGCAACAGAGACAAUCCAGUGUUACAGACGUCUGAUCAUUACACUGUAAAUGGAGACACUCUCAGUAUUGUAAAAGCAAUUACAUCUGAUCAGGGUCAGUACUGGUGUAAAGGACAGAGAGAUGGAAGACCACAAUCAUCACAUUUCAGCUCUGCUUUUUAUCUCACUGUGAAGGUGACAGUAGUUCGUGUUCAUCCUGAUAAAAAUGUGUUCAGAGGAGAGAAAGUCACUCUCACAUGUCACAUACAGCAGACAAGAGACUGGCAGUACAUCUGGAAUAAAGAUGGAAAUCAUGUUUACA